CAUGAACAUGUAUUGGAAAGUAAUGUCUCCAAGGUCCCUUAGAGCAACCUAUACAAGCAACAGGCUGCAUCACUACCAAGGAGGCUGCUGUUUGCAGCCACUGCACACCAGGCCCCCAUGAAGAAAGGAGCAUGCUCUCUGUCCCUUUUUCUGCAGGUAUCAGCUGGCGUCAGGAAACAGAUCCCAUCCCAUGGACUCCCACAGUAAGGAGCCAGGACUCCUGCCAUGUGAGACCUGUGACAUGGUUUUCCGCUCCUCAGCUCUGUUAGCCACCCACACUCAGCGCUUCUGCGUCGGCCGUGUGGCCCAGGAGAUGACAUUUGGAGUACAGCCCUCAGCAGUCUCUGAACCGCAGGGUGCCGCGGUUGUGCCACGAGAACUCCAGAGCUUCCAAGAACAGCAGGGCAGUGAAUCUGCGCUAAAGAGGUUAACAGAAGAGGUGCAGUGGCUGCGGUUGUCCCUACAGAAAAAGAGCCCCUGGAGGACAGAAGUAUCCAGAGAGUCCACAGGGCUCUGGAGACGAUCAGAGGCGCCGCCUCAGGGCCCCAUUUCCGAGGCUGCAGGAAGCCCCCGCGAGCGGCUGCGGGCGCUGCAGGCGACUCGCGCGAGGCGCGUGGCAGAGACUGAAGCACAGAACCGGGCCCUCGAGCGACGCGGCGAGGGUGAAGAAGGGGGGACUGAGGGUCUGCUCUGUCCCUCGCCAUUUGGCUUAAGGUUGCUCGGGCUGGUUCUAACUCAGUCCCACGUUCCCUCAGAGCUGAGCCGGUGCCUCCAAGAUGUGGCCCGUAGGCGGGCAUCCCGCCUAUUAGGCUUGGAGCGGGAGCUUCGGGAACUCCGAGCAGAGGCGGGGCAGACGCGAGGAGCUCUAGAGGUGUUAGGGGAGCGCGUUCAAGAGCUACAGCCGGAGCCAGGAGCCCGACAGAACUCCAGGCAAAAUGCAGAGCUCUGGUUUCCGGUGCUCCAGGCCAAACCAGGCACUCUGGCUGCUGAAAUUGGGGCCUUGCGUGAGACCUAUAUUCGAGGAGGGGGUCGAGACCCGGGCGUACUGGGCCAGAUGUGGCAGUUGCAAGUGGAGGCGUCAGCACUGGAGCUGCAGCGGUCACGGACUCACAGGGGAAGGGCAGGUGCCCCAUCCGAGGAGCUGCUAAUAGUCGAAGCCGAAAAUCGGCGCCUGGAAGCAGAAAUCCUGACCAUGCGGAUGCAGAGAGGCCCCGGCCGGGCGCCUUGGGGACCUGGGGAGCCGCGACUUCUGGCUGGUCCUAGGCUACGACAGAAGGGGAGGAGAGAUAGCCCGCUCCUGCCGCCACCGGUGGCGCCCCCACUCCCGCCGUUUCCAAGCUCCACAGACUUCCAGUUCUUGGGUGGCUUGGGAAAGGCUCCACAGCUUCCUGGAAUAAUGACCAGGAAUCUGGGCCUGGACCCGCACUUUCUCCUGCCUGCAUCUGACGUACUGGGCCCUGCACCCUACGACCCUGGGGCUGGCCUGGUCAUCUUCUAUGACUUCCUUCGGGGUCUUGAAGCUUCUUGGACUUGUGUGCAGCUAACGACUGGCUUGACACGAGAUGGCCAAUAUACAGGAGGGACCACAGCAUUGCCCCCCGCCCUUUGCUUGCCCCCACCUCCAGCUCCUGGACCAAAGGGCAACUGUGCCAUCCUUGCCAAUAGGCAGCCUGUGCCCAGGCUGCUACCCUCACCACCAGUAUCACUGGUCUGUGAGCUACAGGCCUGGCAGGGACUGGCAUGGGCUAGGGCACCACAGCCAAAGGCUUGGGCCUCACUUGUGUUAUUUGAUCAAGACCAGCGGGUGAUAAGUGGCCGCUGGCGCCUCCCACUUCGGGCCCUUCCUGUGAACCCUAGCCUUAGCCUUGGACAGAUGAAUGGGAUCCCUCAGGCAGGUCAGGCUGAGCUUUUCCUGCGGCUGGUGAAUGCAAGAGAUGCAGUUGUCCAGACACUGGCAGACAUCAAUCCAACAAGUGCCCUUGAGUACCAAUACCCACCUCUGGUCUCAAGUUCAUCUUCACUGGAAGCCAACUCCCUCACCUCGACAGGGGGCUUUGCUGAUCCCCCACCUCCUGCAGAAGAACCCCUCAAUGGAGUAAAGGAUAGAGACAAGGUUUUGGGAUCUCACUUCAACUUUGACCUGCCCCCAGUGAACUUCUGAACUUAGGCAAAUGUGGUAUGAACAUGUGCAGGACUAGGGUCCAGAGUGGAGGUCCAUUUCCAGAUUUGCGGCUUUACUACACGUUCUGACAUAGGGCCUGGAAACAAAUGGUGAUUUAUGGGUACACACAAGCUCCAGCCACAGUUUUACCACCUUUCUCCAGUACCUUCUUAGCUGUGCUGCUUUUCUAAGGUAGAUUGAUGUGAAGAUUAAAUUACAUCAGGUAUUUACAAUAUUGCCUGGCAUGUAUAAUUCUCUGAAAGGUGACUGGGAGCAUUCUUUAAUUCCAACUGAAGGAUUUUUAGGUAAAGAAAUUCUGACUUGCUUUGUGCUAAAGCCAACUUUAUUGUCAGACUUCGUCCUAAUCCU